GAGGUCUUUAAAGGGAUGAAAGAGAAAGGUGAAGGUGGAUCGAUUGUGAAUAUAUCUAGUAUAUCCAGCUUAAGGGGUUUUCCUAAUUACGGGGUUUAUGGAGCCACUAAAGCUGCCACUGAUUCCUUAACGAGAAACAUGGCUGUGGAAUUUGGACCUUACGGAGUUAGAGUGAAUUCCGUCAACCCAACCUUUGUGCGUACAAAAAUGGCGGAGGAACUUUUAAAUUCAGGAGAUGCACUUAUCACUGCAAUGAAAGAAAGAACUCCUCUUCGAAGAUUUGAUGAAGUUGAAGAUGUUAGUUAUCCAGUACUAUUCUUGCUAAGUGACAAAGCAGCGAUGAUAUCUGGUUUGUCGAUACCAAUUGAUGGUGGCUUUUCUGUCACAUUUUAAAGCGGCACAUCUCACCUCAAAAUAAAUAAAACGCACAGAUUCGCA